GCCUUGACAUGCAGUUCUGCAGCCCUGUGGCACCACUACAGUCACAUGGUCUGCACUAGAGGAUAUGAUAUGCAGGAUGGGAAGCUGUAUAGGGAUCACACCACGCAGCAGCCAGCCAGCUCCAGCUGAUGAGACUGGGCUUUGUUUUGGGCACCACUGCUCUGCCUGUCUGCCCUGAGGCACCAUGGGGAACGAGAACAGCGCCGUCAAGGCCCAAGCACCGGCUGAGAGUAUCGACCAGAACAGAGAAGAGAAAGUCUACAACUCAACAACAGACAACGGAGUGGUGUGUACUGAGCCUCCAGCCGCACACAUAGACCAGGGGGUUCAUCCCCUACAGGACGUCCCAGGGAGGACCACUGAGGAAGAGGAGAAGAGGAGGGGAGACGAAGAUGAGGACCUAGAGUUCCCUCAUGACUUCCUGCCCAGCACAGACCUCAGCCUUGAACUCCACUGGGGGACUUCACUUGGACCCUUCCAGCCUCCUGUAGCAGAGUUUCAUCCACCCUCUGAAGAGACAGCCACCCCUCUGGGCCAAGGAGAAGACAUACCAGGACAGGAACCACCAGGACAGGAGCCAGGACAGGAACCACCAGGACAGGAGCCAGGACAGGAACCACCAGGACAGGAGCCAGGACAGGAACCACCAGGACAGGAGCCAGGACAGGAGCCAGGACAGGAACCACCAGGACAGGAGCCAGGACAGGAGCCAGGACAGGAGCCAGGACAGGAGCCAGGACAGGAGCCAGGACAGGAGCCAGGACAGGAGCCAGGACAGGAACCACCAGGACAGGAGCCAGGACAGGAGCCAGGACAGGAACCACCAGGACAGGAGCCAGGACAGGAGCCACCAGGACAGGAGCCACCAGGACAGGAGCCACCAGGACAGGAACCACCAGGACAGGAACCACCAGGACAGGAGCCAGGACAGGAGAAUACCACUCCUCCACUAGGACAGGAGCCAGGACAGGAGCCAGGACAGGAGCCAGGACAGGAGCCAGGACAGGAGCCACCAGGACAGGAACCAGGACAGGAGAACACCACUCCUCCACUAGGUCAGGACAGUGGGUGA